AUGGUGUGCACGACCUUCAGUGAGAAGUCACAAAAAAUAAUAUUCAGCUCCUCUAUAUCGCUCAUGGGUAAGACGGAAGUAACUUAUGAAACGGUGUUCAGUACAAUCAGAGGGGCAGUAACACGAGCAACGCGGCUAGGUUCGAGCGUUGUACUGGAUUCCGAGCGCGCCUCUAUCAGUACAGCAAAGAGAGUCUUUCCGAACGCAUCGGUCGAAGGAUGCGCAUUCCAUCUCGCGCAGGCAUCGGGCAGGAGGAGAGGCUCCAAUUGA